CAUGGGAAGGUAAACGAGUUCAUAUUAAAGGAACAGUUCAACAUUUUUCAAACUACUCAUUCACCUUCUUGUAAAUUAGUGUAUUAGUUGAGAUUAUCAGUCGUGUAUCUACACUUAAUAAUAAUUAAAAAAACAAACAAACAAGCAAAUAGCCAGAUAGCUUAGCACAAAUACUGGAAACAAGUGAAAUAGCUAGCCAGAAAUUAAAAUUGUACUAAGUGUUUGUUUAUGUUUGUGUUUCACGUGGGUUUUGUGGCAGAGUAUUUCUUUGCUGGUAGUUCCAUUUUCGUGCUGUUGGCAGUUUUUAAGUCAAAUAUAGGGAGGCUAGCUGUUUCCCCCUGACUACAGUCUUUGUGCUAAGCUAAGCUAACAAGCUGCAUUGGGAAAAUUGGUUAAACUCUUCCUUUAAAGUUUCAACAAAAUUAGCCGAAGUUGCUAGUUUAUUAUGCAAUUCAUUUUAUCCUUUGCUCACAAAGGAGUGAUUAUACCAGUGUGUCUUGUGUCUGCUCUCCUCUGUUGGGGGGGUCCUUUUUUUUUUUUUCAAGCGCCCGCCCUCUCAGUCAAGUUUGUCCCUCAGCGCGAUCCGUCGGCCGUCCAGAAAAAAAGCGACGGCUGAGGGCGACACUCGCUGCUGAUGUACCGCUGGCUCAAAAAUGGAGAGCGACACCACUGUCAGGAGAAUAAAACCCUUCGGGACCCAACAUUUUGUAGCUCAGGACAACGACGGAGCCCUGGACCGGUGCGGGAAUAACGGCUACAGCGCUGACCCGAAAAGGAAGCCCGAAGUGAGCCUGUACUUGCUGCGGGAAGCGCUGGCAGCGUCCCUGGUCUCUGUGUUUAUUUUGGUGCUGUGGGGACUCGUUCAUUUGUCGUUGCAGCAGCUUGUCAUUGGGAAGCCGACCGGCGAGUUCAACGCAGUGAGAGCCAGGCAGCACUUAGAGCGGAUCACCAGCGUUGGCCCUCGGCCGGUGGGCAGCCAGGAGAAUGAGGUCCUGACAGUGGGCUACUUGUUGAAGCAGAUUGAGAACAUCCGGCUGGAGACGGCAGCAGGUCCCCAUCAGCUCACGGUAGAUGUACAACGCCCCACCGGCUCUUUCUCCAUCGACUUUCUUGGAGGCUUCACGAGUUUCUACGACCGUGUCACCAACAUCGCCGUCCGGCUCGAGCCCAAAGGUGGCACGCAGCACCUCAUGCUUGCCAACUGCCACUUUGACUCGGUGGCCAACAGUCCAGGUGCCAGUGAUGAUGCAGUGAGUUGUGCAGUGAUGCUGGAAGUCCUUCAUUCUCUGGCCAACCAGUCCUCCCCUCUUCACCAUGGCGUUAUCUUCCUCUUUAAUGGGGCAGAAGAAAAUAUACUGCAGGCCAGUCACGGUUUCAUUACCCAGCAUCCAUGGGCCAAGCAGGUGCGAGCCUUCAUUAACUUGGAGGCUGCAGGUGUUGGAGGCAAGGAGGUUGUUUUCCAGACAGGCCCAGAGAACCCGUGGCUCGUCCAGGCCUACGUUCAUGCAGCCAAACACCCCUUCGCCUCUGUGGUCGGUCAGGAGGUCUUUCAGAGUGGCAUCAUUCCCUCUGACACUGACUUCCGCAUAUACAGGGACUUUGGUAACAUCCCAGGCAUUGAUCUGGCUUUCAUUGAAAAUGGUUUCAUCUACCAUACCAAGUACGACACUGCAAACAGGAUCCUGACAGACUCGAUACAGAGAGCCGGCGACAACAUCCUGGCAGUCCUGAAGUACUUGGUAAUGUCAGAGAAGUUGGCCGACUCCUCGGAGUAUCGUCAUGGCAACAUGGUAUUUUUUGACCUGCUAGGUGUAGUUGUGGUGGCUUACCCGGCUCGCGUUGGCACCAUCCUCAACUACAUGGUAGCCACGGCCACCUUCCUCUAUCUGGCCAAGAAAGCCUCACUGCCUGGCAAUGGAGGUGGGCGCUACGUUCGAGACCUGGCCUGUGCCACGGGUGUAGCGGUGCUGAGCUGGUUCGUCACCCUGCUGUCGGUGCUGAUUGUAGCUCUGCUUGUCACUCUGCUGGGCCACUCUAUGUUCUGGUACAACCAUUUCUACGCCUCCAUCUGCCUGUACGGAGCUGCAGCCACUGGCAAGAUGAUCCUCAUCCACACACUGGCCAAGAACUUGUACUACGGGGGUGUCCGUCUGGUGGAGCUGGGAGAUCUCUACUUUGACGUGAGCCUGCUGCUGUGGUGCUGCAGCCUGGUGUGGCUCACCCAGCAGGGCCUGUGCUCAGCCUACGUGCCCAUGCUAAUGGUAGCUUUCCCCCUGGCCACCAGACUGUUGCUGGCGAAAGAAUUUAAACACAGAGGAGCAUCCGUGAAAUACAGCGUGCUCUACCUGCUGGGCCUGGCGUUGCCUUAUCUCCACUUCAUGUUCCUCAUCUGGGUGGUGUUUGAGAUUUUCACACCCAUCAUGGGCCGCAGCGGAACAGAGAUUCCUCCUGAGGUGGUGCUGGCCACCUUGGUCACCCUGGCAACCAUCUUCCUCUCCUCUUUUUUUCUGCAUUUCAUCUAUUUGGUACGGAGCACAAAGUGGAUCCUGGCUGGUCUUGGCUCAGUCUUCAUUAUCAUGUUCCUGCUGGUGUCCUGUGGCCUCUUCUUUCCUUACUCGGGCAGUCCAGACAGCCCACGACCAAAGAGAGUCUUCCUGCAGCACACAACACGGACCUUUCACAACCUCCAGGGUCAGGUGGAGAGCCGAGACUCGGGUCUGUGGAUAAACAGUUUUGACUACACGGCCAUACAGCACAUCACGCCUCACAUCCCUGAGAUCAACGACAGCAUUCGAACCCGCUGCCGGGAGGACCGACCCUUCUGCGGUUACCCCUGGUUCCUGCCUGUGAAGUUCCUCAGCAAGAAGAACUGGUACCUGCCUGCUUCGGAAGUGUCUCCAAGCUCUCCGUUGGAGUUCAGCCUGCUGUCCAGGGAGGAGACGAGCUGGGGGACGGUCAAGAUGACGUUCAGCGCGAAAGGUCCCAGCCACAUGUCUCUGUAUCUGAUGCCUCACCGAGGUGCCAACCUCUCCACCUGGUCCUUCGGGGACGGGACGCCUCAGUUCGACCUGAGCGGAGAAUAUUUUGUCUUCUAUUCACACGGCCUGAACGCCCCCACGUGGACCUUCUGGUUUGAAAUACAGCCUCCCAGAGACCCGGACCCAUCCGGCCCAGAAGGCAUGAUCUCCGUCGCCAUCUCCUCCCACUAUUUCUUUGGGGAAGACCAGAGGACUGCUCAGCUGGAGGAAAUCCUCCGAAGGUUUCCCACGUGGUCUUUCCCCUCUUCCUGGGUCAGUACCUACGACAUGUACCGAUACUGAGGAUGCCGCACAUCACAGAGGCUGAUGCCGAGGAAGACCCGAAGGGCCACAGGGGGCCCCGUCCGAGACAGACAGAGAAAACGAGAUUUCAAGGAACAAUACCGAGGACCGGCCCUGCCGCCUUUUCACUCCGACUCGCACAAACAACACACUCUAACACACACACUCACGCUCCGUCCCAGCCUCCUGAGAGACCCCUAUCACUGUGUCAGUAGGCUUAGUAGCUAACCGAGCAGGGCGACAUGCAGAAACAUGCCAGAGGUAAGCAGACCAGCCGGCUUCCAGACCGACGCACUGGCUACCACAAGCCUCGUGCUCACUCCUGGGUUAGUGAAACGAAGGGGUUACGUUUUUUUUUUUUCUUUUUUCUACUCAAUCUGUUGUGCCUUUGCUUUUCUUCACUCCCUUCCUCACUUUCUCCUUUCGCUCAGUUCCUCCCAUGUUCUUCCUCUCACAUGCUAACACUCUUCCUGAAUGAUUAACAUCGCAUGGCAACCCCUCCUCCCCUCCCCUGCUCUCUGCUUAUCAGCAAACCACUCGGGCCAUUGUCAGACUAGUCGUGUCUCUGGCUUCCUCUGCAAAACUAACACCACUAGCACCCUCUGCACUAUCGGUGUAGUAACACAGUGAUGGAAAUAAGUGGGAUAGGAAACAAAAGCCUGCUUCUGUUUUCAUGCCUCUUCUGGCUUCAACUGGAAACUUUGACACUUUGAAAGUCACUUUUCAUCGACAUGCACUUUGUUCUAUUACAAGCAGAUAGUUUGCUGCAUUAGCUGCUGAGUUAAACUGCUUGUUAUCAUUCCUUACUAACACCACUGGUUUGAAGCAGGUUGUAUCUGUGUUUUAAUGAGGAAUGUCAACAUCUGCUCCUAAAGACGAUGCAGGAAACUGUGCUUGUUAAACUAAAACCGAAGCUGAAAUCAAAGUGUCAAGGUGUCCUUUAUAGAGCAGUUUUUCUCAAAUCUGGAGGGCAUCUUUUCUGACAUUUUAAAGAGUUUAUAGCUGGAUGUAUUUCAGCAAAGGUGUAAUUUUCAUUUUGGGUUUGGCAAAAUGACAAUUCACAAGGAAACAAGGACAAUCCUGUGAUUUAAAAUUAUCCUCCGAGCUUUGCAGAUGACUGGAUGGGAAACCAGCAGUGCAGCUCCACAGUCAUAAACUGCAUCGGUCACCUCGUUCUGUUCCUCACGGAGGUGAUGCUCAUUUACAUUUGCUCUUACUGUAAUAAUAAUGCUACUUUUUAAAAACUUGACUAUGCCAAGAGCUGUCUCCAGCAGCACCAAUGACCGUCUCCUGCUUACUGAAAGAAAAAUAGAGCUGCAGUAAUGAUUUUUUUUUCAGGCUGACUGAAUCGGUUAUUUUUCCAAUAUGAUGAAUCAUUUCUGUCAUUUGUCAAGUAGAAACGCCAGAAUUCUCCAGCUUUUCAUCCAUGAGAAUUUUAUCUGGCUGUGUUUCUCAUAUAUGAUAGCAAAAGAAAUAUGUCUGAGAAUCUGGGAUGUGUAUUUUUUUUGACUAUUUUUUGGCAUUGCUUCGAGAAUAUAAUCAGGAAUCUGACUAGCACUGGAAAUAAUCAUUAGCUGCAGCCCUAAAAGAAAGUCAUCCAGACAUGUAAGUGCACAUCUUGGCUCCAGAGGGAGACAAUGCAGUAAUAUCGAUCAGAAAAAAGGAGAAAAAAGGAUGCUGUUUUAUUUUAUGGCCUGUAAUUAUCUGAAAUGGCCUUUAGUAGUUAAAAGCUAGAAAAUAGAAACAAUAUUCAAUCAGUAUAAUUUCGUUAAUAUCCGUGCAAAAAAAAGUGAAAUGAGUCUAAACACGCACAAGAAGAGAAGGGUUUCUAGUAAUCAAUGAAUAUGUGUGGAGCUUGUUUUUGAUAUGAAUUCCUAUUUCCCCCAUUAUUGGUACUAAAUUGCACAGUUAUUUUCAAGAAAUUUGUUAGACUUUAUUAGUUACAAACUCAUAACAUGCAUUGUUACCCAAAACGGUUAUUUAGAAAUAUAUAUUUCUGAAAUUCUUUUUGUCACUUUCAUCUUUAUUAGAUUGAUUAAGUCAAGAGUGUCUGGAUAUGCGAGAAAACAAGGAGUAAAGAUCUGGAGCAACUGGGAAUUGAUUUGAGAUAAAAUCCAGAUAAAUCCCGAAGAAAUUCUGUUAUAGCUUACCAGAAUGUAAAAGUAACAAAGUAAUGUAACAGGAAAGCGUUGCCCCUGAUGGUAGUUUGUAAAGUUAGACUAACACAGCAAACUGAAGAAUUAAUUUUAGGGAUGCUCUGUUUAAUUAUUUGCCGUUAAUGACUUAACCGAUUAAAAAUAUAUUAACCAACAGAACGUCCGUGUCAGAAAAUGUGUUCUACAUUAAUUGUAGUACCUGGGUGAGCCACCAGGUGGAAUGGACUUCAGUAGUUAAAAGCUAGAAAAUAGAGACAAUAUUCAAUCGAUUCAGUGUUCAAUUGGCAAGUGUUUUCCCUGAUGGUAUCCUCAUAGUUAUUUACUAACAUAGUGGAGCCUCUUACUGCUUAACACUGAGGAGGCGUCUAUCGGAUUAACAGCAGUUCUGUGUUUAUAAACAGGAAACAUUGUGGGAGUUUAGCUAGUAAAGGUCCACCAUGAGAAAGUCUUCUGUGAUCCUUAAUGCUUAUUAUUGGUUGAGAAGUUUGUUUCAAAAUUUGCAUCCCUAGUUUAUUUCAUUUUCUCCCUUUUGCUGAAAUGUAUCUCAGAAUGUAAAACUCCGCAUUGGUGCUGCUGGAUAGAGCCUUCAGUAGAAACCGUGUUCGUCUCGUAUUUGUUCUGUGUCGCUACAUUUUCUCCCGUUUCAUGUGGAGCUGCAUCUUUUUGUCUCGAACCCAAGUAUUGCAACCACAUAGUCCGACACUGUAACACAACGUUACAGCCAGCGUCACCACUACCUCCACAGCGAUCAAACUGCAGAUAUUAAAGCUCUUGGAUUGAAUGUUAUUGCUGGAAAGAUUUAGAUCAUAUUUAGCCAACUACGGUUAACUAAAUGUUAUAGAGAGAGAUUAUGUUUGUGUGUGGGCUACCUCUGUUUCCGUAUUGUUUUCAUGGAUCGCCUACUGUAUCCGUGUAUUCAGAGAGUCAGGAUGACUGUCCCCCCUCCCUGCCUUCAGUCCCACACACUGAUGAUGAGUGUGUUUGUUUCUUGUUGGUAGUUGUUAAAACUCGGGAGAUCAACUGAGCAGAAGCGCUCAUCUUUCGUCCACAUUCUGUUGAGGUUUCGUCGUCAUCCAUGUCGUCCAUUCGGCUGCAGUCACACAAAAAUGAGAAAUUACACGAAAGGAGGCCUUAAAGUUUCGCUUCCAAAGAUACACAAAAUGUUUACCGUUGUGGACACGAACAUCUCAGUGGUCUUAAAAGCUAUCAAGUGCCGCACAGUUUAGCGUUUUUCUGUAAAUGAUUUUCUGUCCUAGAAGGUUUCAGAGUCGACAUCCGUCGCAGCAGAUGGUCCCACUGUGCUCUUUCUCUUUAUGCAUCCGAUGAGCAAAACUGGAAAUCAUAGAGGAUGAUUUCAAGCCAUCAAGUUGGUGGGCAAACGUUCCAGAUAAGCAGACUGAUGAAAACUAACUCACCACACGGUUAAAUCUGUAGCUAUUCUGGAGCUUUUGAUUGCAUUUCUCAGUCUUCCUCAACAGAUAUCAUGAAGUGAGAUUUAAAAUUUCUUCUUUAGAUGACUGGAAGAUGGUGUGAUGCAGUCAGAAACUCUCCCUGUGGUUGUUUUUGUCGGAUGAUCUUAUUGGCUGGCUGCAGUGAAUGUGUCAGGCCUCAGUGUCCCUUCAAAAAGCAAAAUGUACAAACUACAUCUGAUCUAAUGGAUUCUGACUCUAAGACAAGAAAAGAAGAAAUUUAAAUUUAGUCGACCGGUGAAAUAUGAAGUUGUAGAGAUUUGAUGUGUGAAGUGUUUUUUUUUCUCCUUAAAGGACGAUGCCUUUAUUUUUUUUAACCAUUUGCAUACUUCACAUCCCCGUACUGUACGUUUGACAAGAACUGAAGCAGACGUGUGGUUUAAUUUGGAUUUAAAACACAUUUCAGGUGGAUUUGCAUAUCAUAUAGAAAUAAAUAGAAACCAACAGCCCCCUGCUGGAAAGCUAAAUGUACAAAAACGCUGAUCUUUUCCUGUAAUCAGCAACCCCUGACUCUGUAGGAGAUGCUGCUGUGUAAAGUCCAGCAGCUGAUCAGACGGCCAGAUGUUUCUGCAGCUGGCCAGAUGUUUCUGCAGCUGGCCGGCUCACACCUGCACCAGUCAGCAGCAGGGUCACUGAGGUUUCCACCGACGGGUUUGAAGCAGGUUAAUCUGUGUUCGACGGAGCCUCAUUGUUGGUGUCGUCGGAGCAGCAGCGCUCUGAGAUGUCAGUCAGGAAUCUUCUCACAACAAAGGAAAAUAUGUUUUUUCUUGACUCUGAUUGGGGGGAUUGUCUUUGUGAACGUUACAAGCUGACAACAGAGUGAAGUCUUGAGUCGAGCCCCCUGGUAGACGUGUGGCUGUGCAGUGCAGUGGAUCAGAUGUUAUAAAUGACAGGAGAUGGAUCUAUUCACUUGUAUAGAAAGUGCUUCAAAUGCAGAGUCUAUUAGAGGAAAAAAAGCUUUGUUAACUAAUGUAAAUUAAUAUUUUUCUAAGUGGCGAAGUAGUGCUUGAUUUUUUUUUCCUUUUUGUUAGAGAAUGAACGAAAGAAAUGCAGAUUAGUUGAUAAAUUCAGCUCGUUUCUGACCACCAAUGCCAGACUUACCGACCAUUUCAGUGCGAUACUUCUACUCAUGUCUAUCGUUCUAACUUUAAACGGAAGAAGAACUGCUGUAAACGUGGGACAGAGCGGGGAGGUGUUCGACAUAAACGCUGUGAAAAGGCUCAUCCUACACUGUUGGUGCUCCCGCUGUUAGACUAAAGCUUCCACCGAGUGCUGCUAGAGCUUUAAAAUACAAACUCUUUUUUUUUUUUUUUUUUUGAGGAUAAAGUGACAUUUUUGCGACAGUUAAAUGUAUUAAUGCAACUCUGUUCAGACUGAGAGGCUGACCAAGCACUGCACAGUGUGUUUUUGUCGACGAGAACAAACUCACACUUUGGACGUAGCUUUAUCUCCAUCAGUCGUUCACACGGUUUCCAUAUCAGGUCAAGAAUUAAACUGUUGAACUGAAAUGUCUUCUGGGAUACACGUUGAAAUGUCUUAAUGUUGAAGGAUGUUCUUCAUUUUCUUUUGUUUUUUUAAAAAAUAUAUAUUGUUUUUAUCGUUAACUGAACUGUGUGUCCACUCAUGUCUGUUUCUCUGUUUUGUUCUGAAAGUUAAAUUAAGAUGUUUUUACACAAAACUGAUCAGAUUGUUUUUUUUUUGUUUUUUGUUUUUUUGAUUGACACAUAACAUUUCUUCUUUUGGAAUUAUGUUGGAGUUUUUUUGUUUAAAAAAAAAAAAGAAAAUCACAUUUGUCUUGUUAGUUGGAAGCUGGUGAUCGAUUUAACUCUUGUGAUUAUUGGGAUUGAUCUGGUAAACAGGGUAUCCAUGUAGUGAAUGGACGGGAUGAUUUUACAUUAUGCAAAAAGCUUGAAUUAAUUUAGCACUUGUACAGCAAUUAAAAAUGCUUCUUACGUUA